GCAUUCGCGGGCGUUCUCAUUAGCAUGGGCAAACCUAUUUCCAGCAUGUGGCCUGUUUGGUGGGGGUGGGUGACUAGUGCACUCAGCACGUCUCCCUGGACGUGCAGGACGAGGAGUUGUUUUCCUGGCCAAGUCCGCGUAUCCGCCCCUGCGCACUCGCCUAAAUUCAAACCAGAAGCCACGGCGCAGACGCAGCCUCCCACCGACCACUUCCCCGGGGAGGGGCGGAGCAGCCGUGUCUUCCGGGUCGCAAACGGAAGUGGAGGAGUUUGAAUUCUGCGAGCCGUUGAAUGGGACUGAGCCGGGUGGGCGUACGGCAGCGCUGCGGUCGACGUGAGCGGUAACGCAGCGAUCCUGGGACAUCUGCUCCGUGCCAGUAAAAUGAAUGAAAAUAAACCUGAUAAUUCACAAAGUCUCGCUUGUGUUUUCUGCCGAAAAAACGAUGACUGUCCCAAUAAAUAUGGAGAAAAGAAAACGUGUGAAAAAUGGAAUUUCAGUGUCCACUACUACUGUUUGUUAAUGUCAAGUGGAAUUUGGCAGAGAGGUAAAGAAGAAGAAGGAGUUUAUGGCUUCCUCAUAGAAGACAUCAGGAAGGAAGUCAGUAGAGCUUCCAAACUGAAGUGUACUGUUUGCAAGAAAACUGGUGCUUCAAUUGGAUGUGUUGUACCCCAGUGUAAACGAAGUUAUCACUUGCCUUGUGGACUUCAGAAAGAAUGUAUUUUCCAGUUCACUGACAAUUUUGCGUCAUUUUGCUGGAAACAUCGACCAGUUCAAGCAAUUACAUCUAAUAAAUACAGUGGCUCUUUGCCAUGUACUAUCUGUUUGGAGUUUGUCGAGCCUAUUCCCACAUAUAACAUAUUACAAAGUCCCUGCUGUAAGAAUGCUUGGUUUCAUAGAGACUGUUUACAGGUUCAAGCAAUAAAUGCAGGAGUGUUCUUCUUUAGAUGUACACUAUGCAAUAAUACCGACAUCUUUCAGAAAGAGAUGUUGAGAAUGGGAAUUCACAUUCCUGAAAAAGAUGCAUCCUGGGAAUUAGAAGAGAAUGCAUAUCAAGAGCUGUUGCAGAGCCAUGACCGCUGUGAUGUUCGGAGAUGUCACUGCAAAAAUGGCCGAGACUACAAUGAACCUAAUAGCAAAUGGGAAGUGAAGCGAUGUCAGAGCUGUGGUUCCAGCGGAACCCACUUAGCCUGCUCCUCGCUGCAGUCUUGGGAACAAAAUUGGGAUUGUUUGGACUGUAGAAGAAUUACCUACACUUCAGAUUUCCAAAAGGCCCCCAAACACCCAUUAGCCAACUCUACCAACGUGACACUGACUGACUGCUUGCUGGAAGAGUCAUCGCCUAAGCUCCCCAGACAGUCAACUGUAGCCCCGCAUAAAGAACUACUGAGGCAAGGCAGCAAAUUUAGGAGAGACAUUUCAACAAUAUUGAUAGAGUUAGGAUUCCAAAUUAAAAAGAAAGCUAAGACAUUAUACAUCAACAAAGCCAAUGUGUGGAGGAGUGCCUUAGAGCAGUUCCAGAGCCAGAAGUUUAACCCUUCAUCCUCCAUUGAAGUAGUGUAUGUUAAUGCCAAUGAUGAGGUUGGAAGCCAGCAUCCGGGAUCAAAGCAAGAAUUUCUGAGUCACUUAAUGCUCCAUCUUGAGAAUUCAUCAGUGUUUGAAGGGUCCUUGGCAAAGAACUUAUCUCUAAAUUCUCAAGCUAUGAAAGAGAAUCUUUACUAUGAAGCUGGCAAAAUGCUUGCCAUUUCUUUAGUUCAUGGUGGUCCUUCCCCUGGUUUCUUUUCUGAAACUUUGUUUAACUGCCUUGCUUAUGGACCAGAAAAUACUCUACCAACUUUGGAUGAUAUUUCAGACCUUGAUGUGGCACAGAUUAUAAUCAAGAUAGAUGCUGCAGCUGAUUUAAACAUUUUAAAGUCAGUAAUGAACGAAUACUAUAAGUACCUAGAGUUUAGUGGAUGUUUAAGACUUAUGACAACAUUAAGUGAUAAAUACAUGUUGGUAAAAGACAUCCUUUUCUACCAUGUAAUUAAGAGAGUCAAAGCACCUUUUGAAAGUUUUAAACAGGGUCUGAAAACACUUGGUGUUUUAGAGAAAAUUCAAACUUACCCAGAAGCAUUUUAUAAAAUCCUCUGUCAUAAACCUGAGACUCUCUCUGCAAAAAACGUCAGUGAUCUGUUCACAAUUCACACGUUACCGGAUGUGCAAACUUUGAGGUUUUGGAACAGUUACUUAGAGGCUAUAGAGGAUGGUAAAUCUGCAACAACAAUGGAAGACAUUCUUAUUUUUGCAACUGGUUGUAGUUCUGUCCCACCUACUGGAUUUAAACCCUCUCCUUCAGUUGAAUGUCUACAUGUGGAUUUUCCUGUUGCAAACAAAUGUAAAAACUGUUUAACUCUACCAGUUACCAACACAUAUGAAGAGUUCCAAGAAAAUAUGGAUUUUGCCAUAAGAGACACUAUAAGACUAAUAAAGGAAGAAAGGUCUCACUACCUCGGACACUAAAUGUUUCUUCUAAUGAAAAUGCUUCUUUUAAGGCUGCUAUUGAUACCUAUUUUUAUUAAUAAUCACUUUUGAACAUUCUGGCCAGCCUCUUGGCACAACAAAAUUUAUGACUUUCUCAUAAAGGGAUGGUUUGGUUUCUAAACCACUGAAGGUUUGGUUAAGGCCUUCUCGUUAUGUUUGGUGAUAGCUUUCUAUUCCUGUGCUGCCUUCAUAACUUUAAUAUGAAUAUUUUCUAUUACUGCGCUUUCUUGAUAACUUCAUAUAUUUUUAGAAUGGUUGUACAAACCGUUCAGCUGUACAGGUGCUCAGCUAUAUUAGCAUGACAUGAAAAACUGUUUUCUCGAUUUUUAUAAAUUAGAAUUACCUUUUUAGGAUGACACUUUUUCUAGUUUUGUUCAGUUGUCUUUUGUUUGUUCUGCUUUACUGUUUGUGGUUUUUUUUUUUUGUUUUUGUUUUUUUUUUCCCUCUCUACAUAGUCCUGACUGGGAACCUGGCUAUGUAGAACAAGCUGUCAAAUUUCUUUAUUUUAAGCAUUAAAUAGAAAAGUUGGCUAAGUCAUCUCAUCAAUCAGAGAUAUUUUUAAUGUUUUUUAAUUAGGUCACCAAUACAACAAUUAAAUAAUGACUAGUUGGAAAUAAUGUAUAAAAAACAAAGCUUUACCAAUAACUCUAGGACCUAUGUAUGUGUCCUUGAGCUUUGAAUCAUGGCUGAGGAGUUUUCAGGUGUGACUGAAAAUACCUUAGAAAGUACAUAUUGUUUAUAUCCUUGUGUAGUCAGCAUGUCUCAUGUUUGAAACCAUCUAGGUGUCUGAAGAAUCUCUGUGGACAGCCAUAUGGUUUCACUACAUAACAGCUGUUAUUAAUAUUGUUGUAUGAUUGGUAAGAUCUCACCGUAGCAUUCUAUAGUUACCUUCUUUUGCUUUCAAAAGAUACAUUGUAUAAUCAAUGAAUGAUUUAUAAUUUAAAACUACAUAUUAAAAAUACUCUAAUUUUUCCACAUAGAGAUAACUAAUGUAUUUUGUAUAUUCUUUAUAAACUAUUUAUUUUUCAAUUUU